GCGUCUCAAUCAUUGUAACUUUCAUGUUCAUCCUUUCUACAAUGCUAUGGAGAUUCUUCGGAAACUCAUCCGGCUGGUCAGAAGCUUCUCGUGCUUGGCUCAAGCUUGCGGUCCGCGACGGUAGCUGCACGACCAUUGCGAUAUUGGUGAUCUUCAUCUUUAUGUUUCUCUGCAACACGCGCGUCAUCGACACACAAAUGAGUGGAAACAUCAUCUUUUACGUACUGUUAUCUUGCCUUUGGUUUGCUGUUGAGUGCAAGAUAUUAAGCGGUCGUUCUCUUCCUCAUUCUCUUUCUCAGGCUGGACGCAUUGUUCUGCAUCAGGCCAAAUUCCAUGAAAUUCAAGAAUCCCAGAAGGGGGACAUCAAUGAUCAAAGUCGGUGGACUCUGACGAUCGAGGUGGACCCUGAUGACAUUAGACCUUUUGAUGACCCUGAUGCAUGUCCAACGAGUCCCUCCGGCUUGCGGGUCGAGUCGACUGAAGUGUCUACCCCGUUCGACUCUACGUCAGAUGCAAGAACGAAGGAUAUCGCUGACGAACACCUUUGCGGGGAGGACAAUAUGCAGCUGUCGAGUCGCGCACCUACAUUCAUACCUAUCGAAAAAUGCAUCAGUGGUGGGGGUUCGGGCUUUAGGAAGUGAAGUAAAUCCAUUCGUUUUAAGAUGAUCACAAGUUCCGUAGUACAUACUUGACGUAUCACUAAUAGUUUCACAUUGCUAGGCAUAUGGUGUCACCCUUGAUGAGAGAACUGUCAGAGAGUCACCCAGGUUCCGGAACGCAACUUGUAUGAUAUAUAUACAGUUGAUACUUUUCAGUACUAAUGGUUUGGUAGAGCUUCCGGGUCACCGAGUGCUUGUGCUGUUUUUAUGAGGGCAGUGGUAAUCGAUGAUCCCUGUACCGCUCUGAUGGCUACUAAAUAUUGUGUCCGAGGAAGUUUACGGCACAUCUCAAACGAU